ACAUUGAUUCACACAUGCACACAGGGUUGAUGUGAGAUUUCGCCUGAUAUUUUUAAAGUCGACUUAGAUCCAAAACAAAUUCAGUUGAGUUCUGAGUUUUGUUGAAAAAACUGCGAUUUUCCGUCUACGUCUGACGAAUUGAAGUGAAAAAUAAAAUCAACAAAUCGCGCGACACCACAAGACGACUUAAAAUCUCUCAAGUGUAUCAAUUUUUGCGAUAUGGCUUCAGAUAAAGUAAACGUAUGCAUUGUGGGCUCCGGCAACUGGGGUUCAGCUAUUGCAAGAAUUGUUGGUGCAAAUGCAGCCAACUCAGCCCAAUUCAAUGAACGCGUCACAAUGUAUGUGUUUGAAGAAAUGAUCGAGGGAAAAAAGCUCACCGAAAUCAUUAAUGAAACACAUGAAAAUGUUAAAUAUUUGCCUGGAAAAAAAUUGCCCUCAAAUGUGGUGGCCGUUCCAGAUUUGGUUGAAGCAGCCAAAGAUGCUGAUAUUUUGAUUUUCGUCGUUCCACAUCAAUUUAUUCCCGGCCAAUGCAAGCAAUUGUUAGGAAAAAUAAAGAAAACAGCCGUUGGUUUGUCAUUAAUCAAAGGUUUUGAUGUUGCCGAAGGUGGUGGUAUUAAAUUGAUUUCAAGCAUCAUCACCGAAAAUCUAAAUAUCCCAUGCUAUGUAUUGAUGGGCGCCAAUUUAGCCAAUGAAGUUGCCGACGAAAAUUUCUGCGAAACCACAAUCGGUUGUCAAGAUAAAAAAUGGGCACCAAUCUUACGCGAUAUGAUGCAGGCCAGUUAUUUCCGUGUUGUUGUUGUCGAUGACGUCAACACAGUUGAAGUAUGCGGAGCUCUAAAGAAUAUCGUUGCAUGCGGUGCUGGUUUUGUUGAUGGUUUAAAAUUGGGCGACAACACAAAAGCUGCCGUCAUUCGUUUAGGCCUUAUGGAAAUGAUUAAAUUCGUCGAAGUCUUCUAUCCAGGUAGUCAAUUGGCAACAUUCUUUGAAAGUUGUGGUGUUGCCGAUUUAAUUACAACUUGCUAUGGCGGUCGUAAUCGUAAGGUUUCAGAAGCUUUUGUGACAAGCGGUAAAACAAUUGAACAACUUGAAGCCGAGAUGUUAAAUGGUCAAAAAUUACAAGGACCACCAACAGCCAAAGAAGUGAACUACAUGCUUGCAAACAAAAAAAUGGAAGAGAAAUUCCCAUUGUUUACGGCUAUUCACAAUAUCUGUAUUGGUAAACUCAAACCAGAUCAACUUAUUGACUGUAUACGUAACCAUCCCGAGCAUAUACCGAAAUGAAAUUUAAGCACCCAAACACACAACCUUUGCACGAUUUAUAUUGUUCGUCCCAUUCAUCCACAUAAAUUGCACCGUCAAUUUUGAAUCAGCUGUUUGAAUAAAGAAUCAAUAAUAAAUUGAUCAUUUGCCAAUGUUCAUCACAUACAGGGCCGAUAUUUUUUUAUCAAGGGCUUUUAAAUGGGCUCACACACUUUUUUAAAAUGAAAAAAAAGACAUUUUUCGAAUUUUUUUUUUUAAAUAAUUGACUUAAUUUUGUUUUUUGAUUGCUUUAAUCGAAGUACUCGAACUAAAACAAAUACACACAGCCGAUUUCACGCCUUACUUAUCCCCUCGAUCUACGACUACUUACUAACUAUGAUAUUAACCCGUAUUAACCAAUUUUUGUUACAGCAAUUUACAUUUUUUUCUUCAUUAAUUGAUGGUUUUAAUAGUAAUUUCAAUCCAAUUC